CUGAGUCGCACGUGUGUUAACAAACAGUUAAUAAGUUGUUACGUCACAUUUUUCAGUCAAAUAGUAUCACAACUAGUAUAUUAUUGGCUGCACUUCCAAAUCAUUACAUUUAAAAACCUUAAAUUAAAAUAUUUAAUAUUAUAGGUUUUAUGAAAAUUCAAAUCUCCUUUCUAACUGGUGAUUCAUACGAGAAGAGACGUAAAGAAAAUCUAAAAUUAAUCGUAAGAGAAUCUUAUGUUAUUGUUUUCCUGACAAUAAAUAGUCUGUGAUUCAGCGCUGCUCCUAUCACGAGCAGAGUCGACCUAUUGACCGAACCAAAUGAGUAUCGUUCAAGCCAAUAAAUUUAAUCAUUCCUAUUAGUUGUGGCGGGAAAACAACUCAUAUCUCCGUGACAAAAAAUUAUUGAAUAAUAAAAAAAAACAUUUUCCAACUUGUCAUUCUUAUCUUGCAUCAUUAAACUUGAGCACCUUUAUAAAAACUGUUGCCCUACCUUUACAAUAUAUUUAAAAAAAAAUACUUAAAAAAUUUGAAAUAAGAUUUUUUUGUAAUUGGUGUUAUUGAGUGUGUGUGUGGUGUUUUGUUUUAGUUCCUAUACAUAAUAAAAUUAUUGUGUUUAAAAAUGAUUUACAUAAGUACAAUGGACUUCCUUGUGGGAGGCCUGGCAGGAGUUGGUGCAGGGUUUUUCAGUAACCCGUUUGAUGUUGUCAAGACCCGCAUGCAGUUGCAAGGAGAGCUGAGAGCUCGGGGAAAGCAUGCGGUCCACUACAAAAAUGUGCCACAUGCCAUGUACAAUAUAGUGAAACAUGAUGGCAUUGCUGCUUUGCAGAAAGGACUAGUACCAGCACUGUGGUUCCAACUAGUUGUCAAUGGGGUAAGAUUAGGCAUCUACCAACAAGCGGACAACUAUGGCCUCCUUCGGGACAAGGAUAACAACACACAAUUUGUGAACAGUCUCUUCUUUGGCUGUGUGUCAGGGAUGUGUGGAGGACUAUGUGGCAGUCCAUUACAGCUGGUGAAGACCCAGCUCAUGUCGUACUCCUCACAGAAGAUAGCUGUUGGCACUCAGCAUGCCCACCCAGGCAUGAUGUACGCUUUCCAGAAAAUCUACACCAAGAAUGGUUUGUCAGGACUUUGGAGAGGUGCCCACGGAAUGAUGAUGAGGAAUUCCAUUGGAUCUGCAUCUCAAAUUGCUUCUUUUGCUGUAUGUAAAGAAUGGAUGGACAACAACAACAUGUUUCAACAAUCCAAGUAUUUGUCGGCGUUCGUGGCGAGCAACAUUGGGGCGCUGGUGAAGACUGUGUUCCUGAACCCCAUGGAUGUCAUCAUGACCCGGCUUUAUAACCAAGCUGUUGACGCAAGCGGGCGAGGGGUUAUGUACGCUGGUAUAGCCGAUUGCGCCCGAAAAAUCGUCAAGGCGGAAGGCCUAAUAGCAUUUUGCAAAGGCAUGGGCCCAUCGUACCUUCGUCAAGCACCUCACACAGUGCUUCUACUAGUAUUCUGGGACAUGCUAAAAGAUCUGCAAAAAAGUAUUAAACUACACGCGUAGCCUUAUUUUAUAGUAGUUGAAGCUUUUUGCCUCGGCUAAAGUCUUUGUCUCGUCCAAAGUUUUUGCCUCGGCUAAAGUCUGCCUCGACAGGCAAUAGAAAAGUGAGAUUUAUAUUUAUUCAGUUCAAAAUAGUCCUUACAAUUUUGUAUUGUUUUCGUAUUUAUUUUUAAGUUAUUAAUUUAUUUUAUAUUUAUUAACGUGUAGAAUAGUUUUGGCUUCUUAUGUGUACCUAUGUAUCGUCUUAACGUAGUAUUGGUGCCUCGCUGGUCGAGUGGUCGCAAGUGCAACCGGAAAAGGGGUCUCAGGUUCGAUUCCCGGGACUGGCAAAGUAUUACUGGGUUAUAUUCGGUUUUUGGGAAAUUUCUCAAUAGUAGCACGGUGUUUGGAAUUGUGCCCAGUAUAUGGGCAAUAGGGUCACCCCCUAUAACAUGGGAAUUAUGACACAAAUGGUGGAAACUGUGUGUACAUUGUAUAUUACUAAAAUAUCCGUUUAAAUUAUUACAACGUCACUCCUCAAUUGCUUAUGAUUGUUAAUGCUUGUCAUGAUUAAAAUAAUAGUAUAUUUACACAAAACAUGAAACGUUUUAAAAUUAUUUUUGUAAUUAAAAUUGUUUUAAAGUCUAAACUAAAGUCUAUCUAUUUGCAGACGCCAGAAGUUGUAACUAUCAGUGUGAUUUCCAUUUAUCAGUAAUGUCAUAAUGUAUUACGUGAUAAGGUAAUGUUUGAUAAAUAUUGUUUAAUAUUAAACCGUCUUCCGCACGCUACUGACGUAUGACGUCACAGCUUCGUGUGCAACCGUGAUCUUAGUUUUAUAGGGGACACAUUGGUAUGUAGAUAUUUAUUUAAUUUAGACUCUAUUUUUUAAUCAGUACGGCUCAAUUUUGUGUAUUAUUAUGUCGGUUUCUGGUUUGCAAUUUUUCAAGUGAUUUUUUAAUAUAUACUUUAUCACUCAUUGCAGUAAAGUUCAAUUUUGUGUAAUGUUUUGGUUCCCGGUUUAAUAUUUUUAUAUUGUAUUAAACUACUUGUAAGCAGUUUUUUUUAUAUAUUUAGACUUUAUGGCUUACGGAAAUAAGGUUCAUUUUUGUGUAUUAUUUAUCGGUUCCCGGUUUUUAGUUUUGGUAUUGAAUAUCAAAACAUUAACUGUUGAAUCUCGUUGAGUGCAAUAUAAAGGUUACCACAAUUGCUGAUAUUAUUUUAAUGCAGUGCUAGGACUUGAUCGAGGACUUUUGAUAUAGUGAAUUAAUUUAUAAUGGGUGAUUAAUACUCAAACCUUCUUGUCAGCAAUGGCCAUUUAUAGGCUGUGGUUGAUGAUAAUUAGUUUUUAUUCUAUGAUUGGUACCUUACAAAUUCCUAUUUGUAUGAUACUCCCCUUAAAAAUAUCUCAAGCACUUAUGACUAUGCUUUUCCUUAUUUUUUAAUUCUUUCACUGUAACUCAAAUCCUAGGACGUGAAUUAAGUUAUAACAUCUCAAACGCUCAGAUUGCAAAUAAACUUAGACAUCCAUUUAAGUUAAAGUAUAAUUUAAAUACAACAAUUGCAUAUAUUAACCAAAAUAUCAUUCAUUCACUCAUUAAUAAAUCAAAUAGUUAUAUUUCUAUAAUAUGUAGAAAUAUAAAAUAUAUUUGAAACUGACUUUAUAUUAGUACCUGAACUUAUAACCCUUAACCGUGCAUCUCAGUAUUAUUGCAAAUAAAUACCUUAAUACAAGCAUUUUAAGUUAAUUUCUUAGUAUUUUUAAUUAUAGCAUUUAAUCGUUAAACUACAGUACAUUAUUCAAUUUUGUAUUAUUUUAAAUAAAAUUUUGACUAUUGUUUAUGUGUUGCCAGUUGAUAAAUUGUUAAAAUGUUUGUUAUGUGGCAACUCGCUUUUGUUAUUAAUUGUUUUUUUUUUUUGUUUUAAUGCAAGUUAUUUGUGUAUCCUAAGCAAUCAAUAAAUCUCAGUGCUUAAAAGUUUCUGUAUUCUUAGUGGUAAGGUAAUAUAGUAGAGAAAUGUGUAAUAAUUAAUUAAUUGUGUUAGUACAAUAGUGAUAAUUGGUGCAAUUAGAAUUUAAUCGUUAUGUUAAUAGCAAUAAAGUUUUAAAUUGUUUUA